GUUGGCGGCGGCCGGGCGCGCAGGCGGAGGGAAGGCGCGCGGGGAGCGGGGCGCGGGGUGCGCGGCGGCGGCGGCGGCGGCGGCGACGGCGACGGCGCGCGGGCCUGUGUCUUUAAGCUGCCGGAGGCUCGCUGGCGCGGCGCGGAGGGGCGGCGCGGAGGCGUGGGGCGCGGCGGCCUCCCUCGCACAGCCCCGCGGCUCGCCCCCAGCUCGGCCGACCCGCCGGGGAAGCAGGGCCAGGCGGCCUCGCGGCGCCGCGGCGCACGCUUCCUGGAAGUGACUGAUUCUCUUUGAAGAAACAUGAAGUCACACUGUGUUGUUAUGCUUACGCUAGCUGUCCUGGUGUUGCUGACAUGGGUCCCUGUGUCCCUGAGUUGCAAUAAAGCACUCUGUGCUAGUGACGUGAGCAAAUGCUUAAUUCAGGAGCUCUGCCAGUGCCGACCUGGAGAAGGGAAUUGUUCCUGCUGUAAGGAGUGUAUGCUGUGUCUUGGAACCCUUUGGGAUGAGUGCUGUGACUGCGUUGGUAUGUGUAAUCCUCGAAAUUAUAGUGACACGCCUCCAACUUCAAAGAGCACGGUGGAGGAGCUUCAUGAGCCCAUCCCUUCUCUCUUCCGGGCACUCACAGAAGGAGACACUCAGUUGAACUGGAACAUCGUUUCCUUCCCUGUUGCAGAAGAACUUUCACAUCAUGAGAAUCUGGUUUCAUUUUUAGAAACUGUGAACCAGCCACACCACCAAAAUGUGUCUGUUCCCAGCAAUAAUGUUCACGCACCUUAUUCCAGUGACAAAGAACACAUGUGUACUGUGGUUUACUUUGAUGACUGCAUGUCCAUACAUCAGUGUAAAAUAUCCUGUGAGUCCAUGGGGGCAUCCAAAUACCGCUGGUUCCAUAACGCCUGCUGCGAGUGCAUUGGUCCGGAGUGUAUCGACUAUGGGAGUAAGACUGUCAAAUGUAUGAACUGCAUGUUCUAAAAGAAGGAAAGAAAUGCCAAUCAAAGCAAUUUAAUUGAAAAAAAAAAGCAUGAAGAGCUAUUCAUUGAGGUCUCCUGGUCACACCAGAAUGCUAGCAGGUUAAGAAGACGUAAAGCAUUUGGACUGAAUUACUUUUAAAGUAUUACAAACCCAAUAAUGUGUUAAAUUAUGGCCCUAACUGCUCUUUUUAUUUUACUGCCGCUAACAAUAAGCUGUUUCCUCUAAGUACCUGUACAACUGUGGUCAUAUGAGAAGCAAGUGCACAGAGAAUUCCUUGAAAGAUCUGAGAUUUCUAAUAUAAAGCCUGAUGUCAUUUUCUUCUAGCAUUCCAGAAGGCUUUUAUUUUGAAAGCAUUAGAACAUUAAUGUAAGUUAUGAUUUCUUCAUGUACCACACCUAGGACACUGAGUUUUUAUAGUUGUACGCCAUUUUUCACUGUGCCUUGUAUUGUUUAUCUGGUCUAUAAAUAGGGUAGAUAUUCAGAUAUAUCACCCUGAGAAUUCACAUAAAAAUGACCAUGAAAGGCUUAAUUUCAGACCUUUGUUGGUUUUAGAAAGUGCCUACUAUAUUUUACAGUUUAAAACUCUCAUAUGGUAGACCCAUCCUAUAAUACACAUAUGGCAAAGCUGUAGGGAGAGUUCCUCCUCUUCCCUCCCUCUACCCAGAGUGCUGACACAGAGAGUGCUGAAGAGUCUCCCCCAGGAACUCCAGGGCGCACCUGUGAGACUGCAAAAUAUUCUGCUAGGGUAAAUAAUCUGGCAGUUAAAGCAUUCCUCUGACUUAAGGUACCUAAAGAGCACUAAAGAGCCUGAAGAGCACUAAGAAUGGGAAACAACUGCCAAAUCAGAGGCCUUGUGGAGCACCAGGGGUACAGCGUGUCCCCUUGUAUAGAAGUGUCAAGGCUGGAAGAUGAGGCUGUGCUCGCGGGACAGAGAGAAUGAGCCCGCUGAGCCUUCGCGCUGACAGGGCCGCGUUCUCCAGUGGACGAGCGAUAGGAGGGCUUCAAGAGGAGAAGUGACAGGUAUGGCCACGGAAGGUUGGACAUGCUGGGGAUUCUAACAGGAAACCAAUGAAAACUAUUUAAUGAUUUUAUUUUGUAAUCGUUCCUUUAUAUCUGGAUCAAAUAUUCUUAGUAAACAAGUAUAAUCAGUCAGUAGGAGGUUAAGAUUAUGAAACCAAAAGAAAGUCUCUGUUCAAGAUGACGUGAACUCCAGAUACACUAUAGAGUAUUUGGUCAGCUUUUUAUAUAAUGUUUCAGUAAAGACAAACUUAAAUACCAUAUGCCCUGCGUAGUAAGGAAAUCCCAGUCUUCAUCCUCUAAUCUACAACAUGCAUAUUUAGAUUACAGAGACUCUUAACUUUAUAAAAUGAUUUUUCUCAAAUAGUAUGUGUUUGAAUUACAAGUAACUUUUUAGGAAUACCUCUUUAUAUGUCUAAAUAUUUUAGUAUAUAAAAAUAGGUAAUGCUCUUAGACACUUUGUAUUCAUUAUCUGAACAGUAAUUAGUUACAAGAUCAUAUGUAAUAUUAUGAUUAACUAUCAUAAAAUUUAAAGCCUUGAUACCUUUCCUACCCUUUCUGAUAACUCUAAUGAAUACCCAAGGUACCUCAGCUUUUUAGAAAGUUGAAAUUUAGUUCAUAGGUAUAUAUAUUUUUUAAUAGGAAAUCAUUGGGAUAUCCUUUUCUUACAUUUACCUAGAAUGCCUCUGUUUCAAAGUGCCUUGAAAACAUUUUAGCUCCCCUCUUCGUUAAUACCUAGAAAGCUGAAGGUUUUCUUGAACAUAAGAAAGUUUUAAAGAAUCUGCAGCUGGCUGCUUCGUUUCAAAUUUGCUGUUUUUCCAAGUAAUUUCAUACUUUGAGUACAGGAAUGCUUUUGUGUUUAUUGACAGCAUGGCUUAAUCUUUCCUUAAAUAUGCCAACAAACUUUUUUAACUGCAUUUAUCAUCUUUUUUAGGUCUUCAUUAUUAAAUUUUAAAGUGUGGUAUCUCUUCCACCCCUACAUUGGGAGGGUAAUUUCUUGAACCAUGUUAUGUUUUAACUGAUUUUUCUUACCUCUUUCUCUCCCAAUAGAAAUUAUCCCUAAACGUAAUGGACUUCUGUAUUCAGAUUGUGCUUAAUUUGUCUGGUUUAGGAAGGGUUGAGAGAAAAAGUUCACUUAAAAGAUUCCAUUUCCAGUUCUAUAAUAUAAUCAGGUUUUGAAUAAUAUUUAUUCCAAUUUAAAGUAUAACAUUUGGGAAGCCAGUAGCCCAACUAAAAUUUAGACCUUCUAUUACCAUUCUAGGCACAGUUGACUUCUAUAUUGAAGCUCUGGGAAAAAUUCUUUUUUUUAAUCAAUGAUUAGAUUGUUACCUUUUUUAUAAGUAGGUCAGAAAACCACUAAAUUUUAAAUCAGUAGGUAUUAUAAAAGCCAUGUAUAAAAAGUUCUUUCCUAUAGUCAGAUUAUGUCCUUGUCAGCAGGUUUUUUGUCUCCCACCCUUCCCCAUGAUGUGUAAUUAUUACUGAAACUGUAGCAGCAUCAGUCAAAUGGUAAUUCAAAUAAAACAAGUCUUUUUUCUUUUACAGAGAAUGCUAUAAAGGAGAGACCUUCAUUUAGAAAUAUGAUUUCUAAAGUUUCAGAAAACAAAAUUGUUGAGGUGUUAGACUAUUUGAAUGAUUAUUUAUAAAUCAGAGUAGCAUCAAAAUGGAGAAAGGAAACUAAAACUUCUGAAAAAUUAGUAAAAUAUAUAAAUAAGCCAAACAUUUAAAGUUGGUUUUUGUGAAAGCUUCUUUGAGGAUUUUUGGAGUCUAUUCUGCAUUCCCAAAAGUCUGUGUUUAUUGUAUUUUACAUGAUCUGCAACAUAGAAAAUUACGUAUUUUUUCUUCAGUCAUCCCUAUAAAGUAUUUUAAUAAAAAAUUGAAAUGAG